GAAGAGGCCGCGGCGCGCACCGUCCACCACCGCAGCUGAUGCUGGAGUCAGUUGUUCCAUAAGAGCAAGUUCGUCAUAAAAAGAGACAAAAGAAGGAGAGGAAAAAUGGGACAUACCGCAUUACCUAUGCUGAUGGCUGUAUUGUCCUAUUGCGUGUGGGAGAGCGUCGAGGCUCUGGCCAAUGCCGAGGUCAACGGGCCAGGCGCCCAGCCGCAGAUUGCCAUGUUCUGUGGCCGUCAGCUCCUGCACAUGAACCUACAGACUGGCCAGUGGGAACCGGAUUCUUGGGGCCAACAGGGCUGCUUCAAAGACCCCAGCGAAAUCCUGGCCUACUGUCAGAAGAUGUACCCAGCGCUUCCGAUCUCCCAUAUAGAGGAGUCACAAAGACCCGUCACCAUCCUGGCCUGGUGUAAGAAAGGCUGGGGACACUGCCAGCCUCAUCCCUUCAUAGUGCUGCCCUACCGCUGUCUAGGGGGCGAGUACGUGAGCGAGGCCCUGCUGGUGCCCGACCGCUGCCGCUUCCUCCACCAGGAGCAGAUGGAUGCGUGCGAGAGCUACGUGUACUGGCACAACAUCGCUAAAGAGGAAUGCACCGCAGACAAUCUGGAGCUUCACAGCUAUGGCAUGCUGCUGCCAUGUGGCGACCGUUUCCGGGGCGUCGAGUAUGUGUGCUGCCCAGGCCGGGGGGGCACCAGUGGUAAAGGAGACACAGAGGAGAGAGAGAUCCCUGCUGCUCCUCAGACGUUUACAUCCGAGACCAGCGGAAAACUUACUUCUGUCACCAAAGUAACGGCCCCCACCCCAAGCCCCUCUCCACCUGUCACAGAUGUGGACGAGGCCGAUAUGGAAGAGGAGGAUGAUGAAGUGGUGGAGGAAGAGGAGGAUGAAGAGGAAGAGGAGGAAGAGGAGGAGGCUGUGGAUGAGGAGGAUGCGGAAGAGGAUGAGGCGCAGGCGACAGCUGGGAAAGAUCCAGAGGAGUAUGAAUACCCCAUCGACUCAGGUCCCUACCAGACGUCCGACUAUCUGGACUCGUUCUACUACGAGAAAAGCCACAAACCAACCACCUCUGCACCUCUGAUGAAGGACAGCUUGGCUACGCCCCGGCCCACAGAUGGCGUCGAUGUUUAUUUCGAGAAGCCGGUGGACGACACUGAGCACGCCUACUUCCUGCGUGCCAAAACCGACUUGGAGGAGCGCAGGAUGAAGCGCAUCAAUGAGAUUAUGAAGGAAUGGGCCGAGGCAGACAACCAGUCAAAGAAUCUGCCAAAGUCAGAGCGACAGGCCCUGAACGAGCACUUCCAGUCCGUGCUGCAGACGCUGGAGGAGCAGGUCGCCGGAGAGAGGCAGAGGCUGGUGGAGACUCAUCUCGCCAGAGUGGAGGCUAUCCUCAACAACAACCGCCGUCUGGCUCUGGAGAACUACCUGACUGCCGUACAGUCUGAUCCUCCUCAGCCAGAGCGCGUGCUGCAAGCUCUGAAGCGCUACAUGGCUGCGGAGCAGAAGGACCGCAGACACACACUCCGGCACUACGAGCAUAUUGUGGCUGUCGACCCCCAAAAGGCUGAGCAGAUGAAAUUCCAGGUGUACACGCAUCUCCAUGUGAUUGAGGAGAGGAUGAACCAGAGUCUGGCACUGCUGUACAAGGAUCCUAAUUUGGCUGAAGAGCUGCACAGUGACAUCCAGGAGCUGCUGAAGGCCGAGCGAGGAGACAUCGUGGAGCUCAUGACCACCUCCUUCUCUGAGACCCGCACGACGGAAGAGCUGCUGCCGGCUGAGAGCGAGGAGGAAAAGGACGACGAAGAGGAAGAGGAGAGAGCCUUCCAGAGCAGGCCUUAUCCCCCCCGCAUUGGUCAACAACCAACUGAGUCUAAUAAGAUAGUGUCUGCAGUAGAUGAAUAUGAUUACACCACGUCCGAGAGAGGCCCUACUUAUGAAUAUGAUGAAAAGAACACCUCUGCAGAGCUCAAGCAGGUCGUCAACAAGCCCGCUGAGAUUGCGAGAGACGAACUGCAACCCGACGCCCUGGAGACAUUUAACCGCGGCGCCAUGGUGGGGUUGCUGGUGGUGGCCGUGGCGAUCGCCAUGGUGAUGGUGAUCAGCCUGCUGCUGGUGCGCAGGAAGCCAUACGGCACUAUCAGUCACGGCAUCGUAGAGGUCGACCCCAUGCUGACCCCAGAGGAACGGCAGCUCAACAAAAUGCAGAACCACGGUUAUGAAAACCCCACCUACAAAUUCUUUGAACAGAUGAACUGAGACACUGGGGGCGCCAACAAGUCAUGCCCGACCACAUGUUUUGUCCCCUGUCCCCCCCCCAACCACUCUUUGUUACAAGUACACUCCCUUUUGACGGAUUUAUGACGUGUUGCAAACAUUAAAAAUAAUUGAGUAAGAACGGGGCACAUCCCAAACCCAUUGUAAAUGACCAACAGCAACUUUACCAUCGUCACCAGAAUGUGAAUAAUGAGAUAUGCUACAAACCCACUUCACCCAUUGUAAUCUAUUACUCUCCCGGGUUGGAGUCUAAGGGUCGUUCUCUCCUUUAGCGGUUUAGCCACAGCAUUUCGUAAUCCUGAAAACGGUCACACCAUAGACAGGAGAACCAUCCCAGUGGCAUGACUUGAUCUCUCGCUCCUCACUAGACACUGAAAUUGAACGGUGCAUAAUGCUUUAUAGUGUUUAUUUUUCAGUAGUAGUCUAUUUGUUCAAAUUGUACCACAGUUAGAUAUAAUGUAUCUGUGUAGAUGAGUGUGAAUGACACCCUCGUUAAACUAUGGUGUAAUUUUCAAUUCUAAAAACCCACUCAGAGAUCUUAAAAAAAAAAAAAAAGGGCAAUUUACACAGCGAAUUGUCGAGCUAACAUUACCUCCAUGAGCUACUGUAACAUUGGACCUCUGAUAUUACGGCGUGACACAGGGAUGUGGAGGCGUUUAAUUGGAACGUGUGAGACAUUCAGGCUUUCGUUUGAAAAAAGAUCACACGAGGCGAAACAGAAGUGUUUGCUGGCGGUACAAAAAGACUUUGUUUUGUCUGCUUCAGAGGAUCUGCCCUCUUUGUUAUCGAUCAUUUGGCAAAAUAUACCAAAUAUUCCAUUUAGCUAAUCUAGUCAGUGAAUGAGUUCAUUUAAUUUUUCCUGCUACCUAAAGAAGUGUAGCACAGGAAUAAUCAGAAGUACGUUAUUUUUAAUUCAAGCAUGACAACUCGGUGUAUGAUGCUGCUGUAUUUAUUUGUGUUGUUCCUGUCAUUGCUUUUUGAGAAGUCGGAAAUGUCACCGUUCGAAAAUGGACACUGUAAAUAACGUACGAAAUACAUACGACUAGAUGUAGACAUUUCUAUGAUUAAUUUGCAUCGAUGUAAUGGAAUAAUACAUAACAAUAGAACAUUGUGCUGAUACGAGAGGGAGAAAACAUUUUCCUAACAUGGCUGAUUGAAAACGGACUGUUGUAAAAACCAGCACAAGACAACGACACAGUAACUUCUUUCUGAAUGUAUUUAAGAUAGACGUUGAGAUUCCAUCUUCUUUUCAGUGACGCAUCAUCAACCCCCCCCCUCUCCCUAGUAGAUCUUAAUAACAGUAGUGACGUUUGAACGCAACACAACAGACAUGCGACAUGCCUGAUCAUCCCCUCAUUACUUCAUGUAGCAGCCUGUUCAUCUUUCACAUUCGUCAGGUGCGUUUCAGAGCAGAGGAACUUGUACGAAAGAGGCAGCGGAGGUUAAAGAGGCCACAGCUGCCGUGGUGUGAAGUGUCGUGUCGUGUGUGUGUGUGUGUGUGUGUGUGUAAGUCUUAAAACCAAACCACACUCAGGCACGAUGGUCGUGAAAAAAUACUGUAUGUCUCCAAACCUGCAAGUUUGACCUAUCUGGACUCAGCACCAUUGAAUGUUAGUUGCUCUGUAAAUGUUACACGGCAUUUGACUGAAUGAUUCAUAGUAGUUUGUCAUAUUUAUGAUCAACAUAAUACCCCGUAUAGGCAAGUUAGAAAAGGGGACUGCCCCCCCCCCCCCUUCUUAAUCGUUGACUGCUUUCAUGUGUCACUCUGAUUUCCUUCAGCCACUGUAUCAGAUCGUGGUUCAGAAAGGUCACGUUGUGGAGCGUUGCUUUUUUUUUUUUAUUCAUCAGGCUUUCUUUUGCUAGAUUCUGUAGUAGAGAUCAUCAAUACAGAAGAUAAAAAAAAUCUGCUCAUCCCUUAUCGAUUCCACGCUGGUGGCAGUUUUCUUUAAAAACCAUUCAUUCGUCCAUUCAGAGGAAGAGUCGUUUACGCGUGUUUUGUUUUUCUUUACUUUUUUUUUAAAUAUUUGCUUUGAAAUAAGCAAGAGAGUCGGAUUGGCUGAGUUUUUUUCUAAAAUUCUGCAUUAAUCGUGGGUUUCUCUCGCUAUAGGCCGGUGAGUUGCAGGUUGCGGUUGUGUUAUGACGGUUGACGAGAAGAAGUCAUAGCCCUUGUAUAAUUUGUACAGCUACGUUAGUGAAUGAAAACGUUGUAUGUUCACAGUUUAAGUCAGUCGAUCUUGUAAUGAUACUACUGAGACCAUAGAUGAGAAUAAGCUUGCCUGUGUUUCCCAAACCACUGAAGGGUUCCUACCAGCAUUUAGCAGACUUAGAAUGGUGUAUACUGUAGUUACUCCAAUCACAUUUGUACGUCAACCCUCUGUCCAACUCUAAACUUCUCUGUUGGUCUGUCCCCUUAACUUCCCCGACGAAAUAUAAACAAUGUUAUUGAGAUUUUAAUUGCUGCAUUAUUGCCUUUUACAAAGCUGUGUUUUGGAUGUAAUUAUUCUGUAUUUUUUAUUUACAUGUAAUAAUCAGUUGGAUCAAGGGUCAUGCUUUUCACGUGUAAUGUAAUUUUAGAGGCUUGUUCGAGAAAAACACGAGUUUAUAACGUUCGGAAAUGUGAAAUGUAGACGACACGGCCUCUGCCUAAUUGACGAGGAGUGGCACUAAGCACAAGUAGAACAAAAUUACUCCAUUUGUGUACAGGUUGCUAAAUGUUCGAUAUUGAUUGUGUCUGUCUGAUUUCAAUUACAGUGCAUUGAUUCGAAGGGAUGUUGAUAGCAUCGCAGAGAGAGCUGUCCUUCAUUUCUAUUCAGACCUUUAACCAAAGACAUGCUCCACAAACAAACAGACAGAUAUUCUAAUUUGGCAAGAAAAGAAAAGGUGCUCUGUUGUGUUACUGUAUUUGUAAGCAAUCUGAGAAAUUAAAACUGGUCGAGCUAAUUAAUAGUGUAAUAAAAAAAUGAA